AUGAAGCUUACCCAGCAAGCCCCUGUGCCUCGUUCUUACUCAUGCCAGCAUGCAAGCAUUGCCGCAUAUCGGGAUUGGACGCCUGGCUGCUGCCUUACGAGCGCAUGCGCUGCAGCACCUGUUUUGCUCAACUCCGAUGUCUGUAUGUAUGACUCUGACACUGCUGGUCGCGUUGAGAUGAGUGGGAGUGGGAGUGAGCAAGGGAUGUGA